AUGCUAGUUCAAGGCAUCGCUCUUGUGCGCGUAGGACAAUACUUCAUGUCAAGCACAGAUAAACUCUUCGUUGUGGCAAUUUAUCUCCGUGCAAGUUUGACUGUUGAAAGAUAUAUCAUUGCCCAGCCUGGUGAGGAUAGAAAGGUAUUCAUUGCCCAGAAAGAUUUUGACCUUGGAAAGGCCGAAGAGGAAGUCGCAUUCCUUCGUGAGAUGUACAACCUCGCGGAAGAGCUCGACAAUCUAGCAGGCAAACUUGACCCAAAGAACGAGAAAUGCCUUGGCAACAUCAAGAAUGCCGCUCUCAAGUCCCCAAGGAACAUCGUGAAAUCCAGUGGUGCUCAGGAUGAUCUCGGCAUCUUUGAUGCUGAUGACAUUCAGUGUAUUUUGAAAGAGAUGGAUUACAACAUCUCAUUCAUUUUGUUUGGGCAUCCGUUCCUAGCCUUGGUGUCAAAUAUCGAGGAUGAUUCUCAACAAGGAUAUCUCAAAUUCGUGAAAGAGGGGCAAAAGGAGAUCGAGAUCUUGCGAUACCUCACAGGAAUUGAAUCUCCGUCAAACUACACCAUCUCGCCAGUCCAAAUCUGGCCGGUGCAAGGGGGCUGUUCGAAGCUGUUGACUUCAUGCAUUCAGCAUGGCGUGGUGCACCUGGAUCUGAAGCCUCCAAAUAUCCUCCUUCCUGCUGACGGUGGCCGCCUGUCUAUCAUCGACUUCAACAGAUCUGUACACGUCAAAGGCACUGAACACAUGUUCCACGGCGUCGUUGGCACCACCGGAUAUCUUGCGCCUGAAGUUGCGGCUGGUCAAGGCCUCUAUAGUGCAAUCCACGCAGACUUGUGGUCCUGUGGAAAGACAUUGGAGGAGCUGUGUUCCCUUUCUCGAGAGCUCAUGAAUGAAGACCCGAAACAGCGACCGAUGAUGUCAGAUGUCUUGAAGAGGCUGGUGUAUUAUGAGGUCGAUGCCAAUACAGGACCAGGUUACUUCAGGUAA